AUGGAGUCCCGACCAGCGACCACCGAGCCGUCCAGUAAACGGCCCCGAUCCCCAUCCGGCGGCGAUUUCCCUCCCAUCGCGUCCAAAGUCCCCAAGACCCAUUCCAAUCACCUACAGAUCAACUAUCUCGCCCGCCAAUACCCCGACAAUCUCCCCUUGGUCUCCAUCGAUGAUACCAUGCCUGCUAUCAUCCACUUGAUUGGCGAAUACGACGGCGUCCUUCAUCGGCACGAAAGUAUCGCCGGCAACCUAGGCGCCUGCCCGCUCGGCCCUAUCUUGAUCAAGCGCUUCGAGCGCUUAUUCGAUGGCCCACCCCGCGUGCUCAAAUCCCACGGCAAAGACUCUCCCAACAUCACCUGGCUCGAUGUCGUCGAGUUCGCCAAGAACAAACCCGAACAGUUCAACCUGGAGAAGACGCGCAAUGGCGUACGCGUCUGUCAAUUCUACACGAAACAAUGCCGGGUUGAGAUCAGCGAGGAAGAUUUCGUUCUGAUCGCAUCUGGAAUGCCUCAGAAGAUGAUUCCGCCCCAGCCGAUCAUCGAGGAUGAGGAGAAGGAGUUGGGUGCUUUGGAGAUUUUGGAGAGAAACCUCCAACAGAUCAUCCAGGUCGCGGAUCAAGUCUCUGCGCGUGCACGACAGCUCAACCACCGCCUCAAGAACCGCCGGACCGCUAUUGUCACUCGUCGCGAAAACGACGCAUCCCUCCAUUCGCGACGUCACCGUUCAACCAGCCCCUCAUGGCGUGACGCCAGCGGCCCCCAACAUGCAUCAAAUGGCAAUACUCAUUCGAACGCACAUUCACCCUCCGGUUUCGUCGCUGUCAACGCCGGCCGGCCCGGCGGCGGCGACGCCUCCACGGAGGACAAUGCGCUGUCGUCGCAAUUUAUGUUCUCCCAUCCCAAUACGGAUAACGUCACCAUUAUCAACGGCACCUCCAUCAAGGGUGCAUCGCCAACGACACGCGCUGAGCUGAUGAAGAAGUUCUUCACUACCCAAGACCGCCAGGCGCGUAGCUAUGACGAGCCCUCGGGGUCGCACAAUCGCCAGUCCUCCCGACCCCGGCCGCGCGCGUCGGAUGCGGCAGAUUACAACAUGUACACCCCCGGCCCCACCACUGUUGCCAUUCCCAGUACUCCGUCUUCUCUCCUGCCGCCACCCAAGUCGCACCAUCACGAGAAGGAUGACGGCGGACCAUUCAAGAUGGAGAUGGUUGCUCGCAUGGAAGAGCUGCAACGCGGUGAGCGCAUCUUGCCGCCCUGUGACCGGUGUCGCCGGCUGCACAUGGACUGUCUGAAAAACCUCACCGCCUGCAUGGGGUGUACGAAAAAGCACGCCAAGUGCUCGUGGAAGGAUGUGAAGGAGGAAGAGUUGCGUGAGUUCCGGUCCGAUCGCAGCUCCCGCGAGCGCAUUGAUGAUGCGCAAGUGAAAGACUCGGCAACCUCGGCGGCCCCGUCGGCACCACCCUCUGUCCCCGGCACGAAUUCUGCCACUCCCGUUCGCGCGCCGGCAGGUCCGGGCCCGGAGUCGGAGCCGGAGCCAGAGCGCUAUGCUGAUCGGGGACGAGAAGGCGGUGUCGAUUUCCACCUCCGUCGGGAAUCGGCGCCCACUGCGGGCCCUACUCCCGGCACGCCCAUGGGCAAGGAGCUGUCUCCGCGUCGGGCAGUGAGCGAGAUCCAUGGGAGCGCGGGUGCGCAUGACCGGCACGGAGGCCAUGAUCGUCCGAUGGGGCUGCACCGACGUCCGGAGGAAGUCCCCGAGGAUGACGAUCCGGAUGCCAAUCAGCGAUUGAUGCAGGCGAUUCUGGACACGGUCGAUCACCAUGCGCGGGCCGCAGCGGCGAAGGAGGGUGGAUCGGGGCAGAGCGAGAGAGAGAAGGAACAGGAGCGCGAGCGCGAGCGCGAGCGAGAACGAGAACGGAAGAUGGUGAAGGCGUAG